CAAAAAAGCGCAGAACAAAAAGAAGAGCUUGAGAGAAAUUGCUGGGCGCAUUAGCAGCAGACAUAAUGGGUCCCACUAUCAUGACUAUCUCCACCAUCUCCAUUACAUUAUCUCUCCCAACCCUUCUCUCUCUCUCUCCCUCUCUCUUUCCACUCUCAAGAACCGAAUUCUACUACUGCUUUCUUAUUCUCUCUCUAUCUCUCUGUCUCUCUCUCUCUCUCUCCAUAUUUUGUUGUUGAUUUUGUUUAUGUCAUGGAACCAUCUCUCGGCUUACUUGGCGGUGGUGGUGGCGGUGGGGCGAAGGAAGCUGAGCUUGAGCUGGGCUUAGGGUUGAGCCUUGGAAAUGGUGGCGGUGGAGCGGCGGAGAAGGGGAGGAGCUGUGCAUGGGGUGAGUAUGGUCGGAUAUUGACGGCAAAGGAUUUUCCAAAUGGAUUUGCAUGUGGUAGAGCAGCUGCUGGCGGCACUAAGAGAGAAAGAUCAGGUGCUGUUGAUGAAGGAUCUGCUUCUGCUGCUGUCAGCCAGGUUGUUGGAUGGCCUCCCAUAAGGUCUUACAGGAUGAACAGCUUGUUCAACCAUGCUAAGGCUUCAAAUGCUGAUGAGGAGAAGGGAGCUGCCGGAGGCGAGAGCGACGAGAGCUCGAAGAAGAAGAUCAACCACGGAGGCGACAAACACGACGCCUCCGUCAUCAAAGAGAGAGGCCAUCUUGGAUUCGUGAAGGUGAACAUGGAUGGCUUGCCAAUUGGGAGGAAGGUUGAUUUGAAUGCUCACAAGAGCUACCAAACUCUGGCCAAGGCCUUGGAGGAGAUGUUCUUCAAUCCGUCUCUAUCGACCCGUGGAGGAAAAGAACAAGCUGUGCAGCCUCUGAAGCUCUUGGAUGGAUCAUCCGAGUUCGUGCUAACGUACGAGGAUAAAGAAGGCGAUUGGAUGCUCGUGGGCGACGUUCCGUGGGGGAUGUUUCUCAACACUGUUAAACGACUCCGAAUCAUGCGAACGUCUGAAGCCAACGGACUCGCUCCAAAGUGCCAAGAAAGGAAUGAGAAGCAAAAGAGCAAACUAAUAUAGAACACUGCUGCUUCAUCUCUCAAAGUUGUAACUGCUUGAAAUGGAGUAAAAAAGGAGCUACAGAUCAUGUUCGAGUCUUUUUUUCAUUUAUUUAUUUUAUUUUCCUAUAAUUUUACUUGAUUUUCUUUUGAUUUGAGGGGCUGCAUUUAUAGUCCGCACCUACCCUCACGUUUUUUCCUUUUACGUACUUUUAUAUAUCUUGUAGAAUUUGUGAAGGUCUUGCUGUCACUUGUCACACACCUUUUACUGGAUACAUUAUAUUCUCAUAAUUUAUGUAUAUAUGAGAAUGCCUAAGAGUCUUACUUGGUUUUCUUCUUGAA